AUGAUUUCUAAACCAAUUCUAAAAAAUCUUACUACUUUUACCAUUACAGACCGGUCGGAAAACGAAGCAAGUGGUACUGAAAAAGAUUCGAAUCCAACAACAUCACUUUUAUCGAAUACAACAACAUAUGAAAAAGAUCGUUGUUUUGAAGAGGAUAUAAUGAUUGUUAAUGAUAAUGGCAACAUGAGUCAUACAGUGAGGGCCGUAAAAAGCCUAGUCUUUUUUGUUUUUACACAUAAACGAAUGAUAAGAAUAUUCUAAAAAUUUUCUUUUAUAUCUAGUUUUGUAGAGUUUUUUUCACCGAUCAUUUUGGUGAAAAGACUUUUUGAUUUUCAUUGAGUAAUGACAAUGGUAUAGCCAAAAUACUAAAUACUGUAGUAAAAAAUAAAAAAAAUUUCGCACAUUUUUAGUAAUUGAGCAAUUUUUACGUUAUUCUACGACAUCUGAAAGAUGUUCUAUAUACCAUUCGAUGUAGAAUUUGAUGGGCUACAUUUUGAUAUAAAGCACUUCUAUUAAUAUUGAAGUUAAUUAAUUAAUUAAUUAGCAAUUCGUAAUUAAUACUAAUUAGCAAUUAAUAAAUAAAAUGUUGGUUUGUUUUUAAAUUCCAAAUAUACCAUUCAAAAGAGCAUAAAUAACUGAAAUAAAAAUGUAUAACUAUUAUUUGGAAAGCAACGAGUUUGGUGAGGUUUUAAUAUGAUUUUUAGAGUAUGCUCACUUAUAAUUAGACAAGUAACGCUCCUCCGAGGACUCCCUUAGCUCUUUCUCGUAGAAAUCCAUUUCCUACACCUUUACUGGAAAAACAAAUAAAAAACGUUAAAAAUUAAUUUCGAUGUUUUUUUGACCUUUGAACUCUCGUCUCCACCUUCCACAUAAUCACCAAAUACACUUCAGAUUCGAAGUCCGAAUACCGAAAAACCUCUAGAAAUGUCUUUUCGACCCUGCGGACACACAAGCAAGCAAACAAUUUAUGUCUACUGGACUCUUCUCUACGAGAAAGAGAAUAUAGUAUUUCUUAUUUUCAAUAAAUUCAAUCAUGAAACGACACAUAAAAUACAUGAUAAGUAGUGCAUUUUAAAUAGCAUCAUUUACUCUUUCAAAUGACAUGUUGGUGCCU